GAAUGGCUUGCGGAUUGCCCUUUGCCUCCCAAAAGUCUCCCAAAUCUGAAAACCCUGAAAAUUCUUCUCUUUUCUUUUUUUGGUGCGUCAAUGGCGGCCUCGUCGUCCUCAGCCACCUCGUACUCUUACUCGGAUUCCUUCUCUGACACGUCAUCCUCACACGGCAAAAGACGUCGUCAUCGCUCUAACCGCCGCGACAGAGACAGAGAUUCUUUCAAGAUCCGAAAGAAGAGUCGUUCGCUCGGUAAACGACGUCGGAAGAAGCAUCGCCGUCAUUCUUCCGAUUCUGAUUCCUCCAGCAGGAGUAACAGUUUUUCGGAUAGUGAUAAUGAGUCCAGCCAUUCAAAGAGGCACAAGAAAAGUGAAAGGCAAAAGAAGUCAAAGGAAAAAGAACGGAGCAAGAGUUAUCGACAUAGACGUCAGAAGAACAAACUUAAAGAGAAGCAGCAGGAUGAACAAAGUAGCAGUCCCGUACAGCUUUCUAAGUUUCUUGGGCGUGACAAGGAUGAUGGUACCCGUCGCAGUGUGGUCUCUGGCAAAAAGGCACUCAUGGUAAUUCAUACUCUACUAUUGUUCUUGUUAUAUCAUUCUAGAUUCUCUUGAAACUCAACAAGUCAAAGGAAGAUAAAGCGGCCGAGAGUAAAAGAAAUGAGUUGUUGAAGUUCUUAAAUGCUAGUUUUGAUUGACUUGGUAGAGCCCAAAUUUCGAACUGCAUCAUGAAUGUAAGAUCAGCGGAACUAUCAUUUUGGAGAACAUGUUAUCAUGCUUCGCAGUCACAUUGAAAGGUCGAAUUUUCCUCAGUCCUGAGGGAAUGUAGGGUAUUGGUCACUUCAGCUUGAAGCCGUGUGAUAAAUACGGUCAAUUCAUCAGAUUUUGGUGUGUUGUAUUUUAUGGGUUUGGUGUUUUCUUUCAUAUUUGAGAUGUUUAUUUGAUGGUUGAUUAUAGGUUAUAGUUUUUGUCAGUGUUGAAAAAACAAGAUUCAGUUGUCUGGUCUUUCUUUUAUAUUUGAUGGUUGAUUAUAGGUUAUAGUUUUUUUCAGUGUAGAAUUUUAAUCGGAAGCUGGUAGUUUUUAUGGUCGAGAAAGGAUUAUAUGAAAUAAGGAUAUUAUUUUUUAAUAAUUUAAUGCUACAUCGCUAUUUUAUCCUUAA